CCCAGAAAUCCCUUAUAUCCCCUUACGGAUAUAAAAAAUCAAUUUCACACAAUUGAAUUUCAUUUGUUGAGCGACAUUUGUUUGAUAAAAUCGAUUAACCCAUGGGAAAUAAAAGUCAUCGAGGUAAUGAUGGUCACACGGUGAUGAAGCAGAUCUGGUCGGGUAUUGAAAAAAAUCCUCAAUACCACGCGAAUCUAUUUUUCAUAGGUUUUUGCAAGACAAAUCCUCAAUACUCCAGGUACUUCACCACCGAUCCGGAUAUUCCGCUGUCAAUCGAUGCUCGAACGAGUGCUAAAUUUCGAUUGAUCAUGGAAGCCCUGGGAUAUUUAUUACUGGAUACAUACAAUAAACCAAAUCAAUUGGAGUACAUCACUGGCUACAUUGCAAUGAUCCACAAGGACAUGGAAUUAAUCUCCGCCGAUAUGUUUAAUUUUGGAGCAAGUCUUGUUCAUUAUUUGACAAUAACUUUCCCUCAGUCAAUGUCUCCCAAUUGUCAAUCCAUAGUUUCUGGGUACAUUCACAAUAUCUUGGACGGAAUAUCCAGAAAAUUGGAGGAUUUCAGGGAGACUGAUAUCAGGACUAAUAUUACCGGAAAUAGUGACGAUAUUCCCCUAAAGUGGAAAAUAUGCUUGAAAUCUAGAGGAAGAUUGCGUUGGAGAUCGAAAUCGGCUUCGAUCUACGGCCACACGGUAGAUUAUUGGAUGGAGAGGAAGCGCAAAUGGGACGAGCGACUGGAGUCCUGGAGGUGUCAUGAUCACGGGACAACAACGAAAAUUGAAGUUUCUCCCUCUGAAGACAUCCCAAGAGUGAAGAUUGGAGAAGCCACUGUGGAGGACAUUGGAUCUCAUGCAGAUCAGUUCCUCAAGUCUUACGGAGUCAUAGAGGAAAUAAAACGAACGUCGUGUGAAUCCAGACGUCGACGACCAACUCUGAUGACCAAGAAAUCCGGCGAAAUGCAAUACAAAGUCGUAGAGACGAUGAUAAAUGCCGUGAAGUCCGAUAGAGAGAGAGAUUCCAUCAUCACUAACUCCACAGCUAGACAAAGACGUCGUGAGAGGCAGUUAGGCUCUCCCUAAAUUCUCAUCUGCUCGUCUUCAGAUCUAGCUUUCCAACAUCUCGGGGUCUACCUCCGCGUAAUGGUUUUAUCAGACUCACGUUGUUGUCACUGGCAACUCUUCGUAAUUUAUUAUCCCUACAAUAUAAAAAGAGUGCGAUAAUUACACUAGCUAAUUUAUUGUAAUUAUUUGUCAAAAA